AUGUUAGAUGACAGUGGCUGGCGAGAAGAAAGGACGCGUUCGCCGUCUGCCAUCCCGGACGAUGGCAUCCGUGGCUUCCUGGAAGAGAAGACAGCACACCUCUUUGCCACCCAGCUACAGUCACGAUUAGACGCCCUUGAACAAACCAGAGAAACCCCGAGAUUCCUCAGACGCAACUCUUACAACCUCUAUCUUGAGGGACACUUCGCCCUCAUCGACCCACGCGAACUUGAGCGCACCACCCUCAGCCCCACACCUCCCUCCAGUGACGAAGACUCGACAACAUCAGAACACACUCCUGACCCGAAUUCCCAGAUCAACCGCUACAAACCAUACCUCCAUGGAAAUUUAUUCGGCGCUCCCAAAACUCUUCGCGGCCGAAUCCAACGGAAAUCACUGCGCCAGCGAAAGAAGAAGACCGGCAAAAUACCCAAUCCAAAUCACCGCAUGUUACGUCGCUCCAGAGAUAAGCCCAAUUCGCUCUUUUACGAGCUGGAAUGGGUGGGCAGGAACGCGGUGACCGUGUGCCAAUUGACGCAGGAUAAUGCCGAAUUGGGUAACAAGAAGGGCUGA